AUGUAUGACAAAUUCGCGACCCUAAACAGAAUUUCAUUUUAUCAUAAAAUUGUCGGUGGCAAUUCAAACAAACUUUUCAAAGAGGAGAACAUCUUUUUUGAAAAAGGAGAACUUUUUAUUAGAGGCGAUGCAAACAGCAAAACAAUCAAACAAAUUAUUGAAAAGACUGCGACACACCGUGUCGUUCAUUGCUACUAUGCAAAUUCACAAAGUGUUUGGAAAUUACCCAAAAGUGUCACAGAAUAUUUACUAACUACAACUAAUAUUACAAAUCAUGAUACAAUUAAGUACAAUGUAGAUGUAAAGUACGUACAAACAAUGAAAUUGCACGAAGUCUAUAAAAACUGA